AAAUUGUUGGUGUAAGUGCCUGUUUUGCAAAAUCUCCGGAAUGGUUGGUGGUAUCGUUGUGAAAAUUGUUUUAUAUUAUUGGUGGCGAUCUCACCUAUCAGACAAAAGAAAGAAAAUUUGAAAAUUGUUGGUGUAAGUGCCUGUUUUGCAAUAUCUCCGGAAUGGUUGGUGGUAUCGUUGUGAAAAUUGUUUUAUAUUAUUGGUGGCGAUCUCACCUAUCAGACAAAAGAAAGAAAAUUUGAAAAUUGUUGGUGUAAGUGCCUGUUUUGCAAUAUCUCCGGAAUGGUUGGUGGUAUCGUUGUGAAAAUUGUUUAUAUUAUUGGUGGCGAUCUCACCUAUCAGACGAAACAAAGAAAAUUUGAAAAUUGUUGGUGUAAGUGCCUGUUUUGCAAAAUCUCCGGAAUGGUUGGUGGUAUCGUUGUGAAAAUUGUUUUAUAUUAUUGGUGGCGAUCUCACCUAUCAGACGAAACAAACACAAUUUUGAAAUUGUUGGUGUAAGUGCCUGUUUUGCAAAAUCUCCGGAAUGGUUGGUGGUAUCGUUGUGAAAAUUGUUUUAUAUUAUUGGUGGCGAUCUCACCUAUCAGACGAAACAAAGAAAAUUUGAAAAUUGUUGGUGUAAGUGCCUGUUUUGCAAUAUCUCCGGAAUGGUUGGUGGUAUCGUUGUGAAAAUUGAUUUAUAUUAUUGGUGGCGAUCUCACCUAUCAGACAAAAGAAAGAAAAUUUGAAAAUUGUUGGUGUAAGUGCCUGUUUUGCAAUAUCUCCGGAAUGGUUGGUGGUAUCGUUGUGAAAAUUGUUUUAUAUUAUUGGUGG